AUGGCGGUGCUGCUGCGCCCGGCGGCGAUCGCCGGCGGCCGGCAGGUGUGGCCGGUGGCGGAGGAGCAGGCCGACGCCGCGGCGGCGGCCUCCCAGCGGCUCGUGGAGGCGGUGGCGCGCGGCGACUCGAGGGAGGCGGGCGAGCUGCUCGCGUCCGGGCGCGCCGACGUGAACUACGCCGGGGUGGUGUGGCUCGACGCGCGGCGGGUGGCGGAGACGGCGCUGCGGGAGGGCGCCGCCGCCGAGCUGCGCGCGUCGCGCGAGGAGAUCCGCGCCGACGUCUCCCCGCUCUUCCUCGCCGCCGGCAAUGGGGACGUCGCGCUCGUCCGCGCGCUGCUCGCAAAGGGGGCGGACGUGAACGGGAAGGUGUUCCGUGGGUACCCGGCGACGGCAGCGGCGCGGGAGGGGCGCGCGGAGGUGGCGGAGCUGCUGGUGCGGGCCGGUGCGUCGCAGCCGGCCUGCGAGGAGGCCAUCGUGGAGGCGGCGCUGCAGGGGCAGGCUGCCCUGGCGGCCAUCUUCAUGCGCUCCGACCUCGUCCGCCCGCGCGUCGCCGUGCACGCGCUCGUGUCUGCUGCUACUCGCGGCUUCGUCGACGUGGUCGACACGCUCGUCAAGUGUGGGGCUGAUCCAAACGCGACCUCCCGGGUGCUUCUGCGUUCUCUCAAGCCAUCACUGCACCUCAACGUCGACUGCACAGCGCUCUUUGCCGCGAUCGUGAGCCGGCAAGUCGCCGUGGUUCGUCAGCUACUUCAGGCUGGUGUGAAGAGGGACACCAAGGUGAGGCUUGGAGCGUGGUCCUGGGACGCGGCCACCGGGGAAGAGCUGCGCGUCGGCGCGGGUCUCGCGGAGCCCUACGAUGCGGCCUGGUGCGCCGUGGAGUACUACGAGUCCACCGGCUCCAUCCUCCGCAUGCUCCUGCAGAACGGGUACUCGUCGGGCGCCACGCACCUUGGCCGGACGCUGCUCCACCACGCCAUCCUCUGCGGCAGCGUCGGCGCCGUCGAGACGCUGCUGGCUUCUGGCGCGGAAUGCGAAGCUCCCGUGAGGACGUCCCGCAGCGGCAGGUUCAGGCCUGUUCACUUGGCCGCGCGCCUCGGCCAGCAGGAGAUCCUGCAGACGCUCACGGACAAGGGCUGCGACGUCAACGCCAGGGCUGAGGCUGGCGAUGUCGCCAUCAUCCUGGCUGCGCGCCACAAGCAAGAGGACUGCCUCAGGGUUCUCGUGUCAGCCGGAGCGGACGUCGCGCUGUUGAACUUGGCAGGCGAGUCCGCGGCUUCCGUCGCUUCUUCGGGCGGCUGGAAGGCGGGCUUCGAACGCGCCGUUCUUGGCGCGAUUCGGUCCGGAACCAUCCCUCUGUCCAGCGAUCGGCACGUGUUCUCGCCCAUGAUGUUCACGGCACGAUGCGGCGAUGCCGCCGCGCUGGAGGUGCUGCUCGCCCAGCCCGGCGUGGACGUGGACGAGCAGGACGCUGACGGGUGCUCGCCCAUAAUGGCCGCCGCCAAGGAGGGCAACGUUGACGCCUUCCGCGCCCUCGUCUUCGCCGGCGCCAACGUGAGGCUGUGCAACAAGCGUGGCGAGACGGCUAUCGGGCUCGCGCAGCAGAGCAAGAAGAGGGACCUCUUCGAGCAGGUCAUGCUGGAGUUCGCGCUGGAGAAGGGCAUGCCGGCAGGCGGGUUCUACGCCCUGCACUGCGCGUCCCGGCGCGGCGACAGCGCGGCCGUGCAUCACCUGGCGAGCACGGACUACGACGUCAACAUGCCGGACGGCGACGGCUACACUCCGCUCAUGCUGGCCGCGAGAGAAGGCCAUGCAACCGUGUGCGAGCUCCUGAUCUCCCAUGGCGCCCGGUGCGACAUCCAGACCCCGCGGGGCGAGACUGCGCUCUCCCUCGCGCGGUCGGCUUUGGCCACCGCGGCGUUCAACAAGGCCGAGGACGUGAUCAUGGACGAGCUGGGCCGGCAGCUGGUGCUGGCGGGCGCGCGCGUCGUCAAGCACACCAAGGGCGGGCGCGGGAGGCCGCACGGCAAGUCGCUGCGGAUGGUCACCGCCGCCGGCGUGCUCCGGUGGGGCGGGUCGAGCCGGCGCAACGUGAUGUGCGUGGAGGCCGAGGUCGGGGGCAGCUCGGCGUUCCAGCGGCACCGGCAGAGGAAGGGCCGCCGAGGGGACGACGCGUACGCGCCGGGGCUGUUCCGCGUGGUCACGGCGACGGGGAAGGAGGUGCACUUCGUGUGCCAGGGCGGGGAGGAGGCGGCGGAGCUGUGGGUGCGGGGCAUCAGGGCGCUCACUAGGGCGGUGUUCGGCAAGCGGGGGAACUAG